AUGGAAAAGCUUAAGCAGGCGACAGAAACAGAGGAGUCUCUGUCCACAGCCAUGGCCGACGAUAUAAUAUCCCAACUUCCAAUACAUAUACUUCACAACAUACUUUGUUCACUAUCCCAGCAAGAAGCUGUGAGAACAUGUCUACUCUCCAAACAAUGGCGCCACAUAGGAUCAACCCGCCCCAACCUCAAGUUUUCUGAUAAAUGGUUCAACAACAAACAAGAAAAAUUUGUCUCCGUCGUGGACCGAGCCCUACAACGAUACCGUGACCAAAACCUCUCCCUAAACAAACUCCAUCUCUACAUAUCGAGCUCCAACUCACGAAGGGUCGUCUCCCCUCUCGACAAAUGGAUCCCGGUAAUAGCCGCCCUCAACAUAAAAGCGUUCAAACUCAAUUUUCAUUCGGCAUAUUACGACCUGCCCUCGACAGUGUUCUUAGUGGAGUCCCUCGAAAGACUACACAUGUGGGGAUACAGGGUGAGCUCGGUUGAGAGCGUGCGGUUCAAAUGUCUGCGCAAGCUCACCCUCAUCUAUGUCAAAGUUGAUGACAGCACUUUGGAGACGAUAACGUCGGGCUGCCCUUUGCUCAGGAGCCUGGUCAUUGAAAGUUGUUGGGAGUUGCGAAACGUUAUGCUGAGCGAGGCCGCAUUGCCUGAGUUCAAGCACUUUGACUUGGAGAGUUACCAGUGGAGGGAAAAGUGUAGCAUCGUAAUCCAUGCCCUGAAUGUCGAGACGAUUUGCAUCAAGGGCCCAUGGAUUUGGUCUAACUGCCAAAGCACAUUCUUGUUCUCUUCUCACGAGUGUGAAUCUCAGUGA